AAAAAAAAAAAAAAAAAAAAAGGGAGAAGAAACCAAACCCUAAUCGAGCUUCUCCUUCUCGGAAAUGUCGCCCUGCUUCCGCCACUUUUGACUCCGGCGCCGAUCUCACUCUCUCCGUGAAAAUCUGAUUUCGUUUCUGCCAAGGAAUGGAUCAAUAUGGCAUUCCAGUUCAGAGAAGACAGAUGAAGCACAAGGGGAGAAAUGUUGUAUGGUCUGUUGGAAUGGACAAGUGUCUGAUUGAAGCUUUGGCUGUCCAGGCGAAAAACGGGAACAAAGUAGACAAAUGUUUCAACGAGAGUGCAUACACUGCUGCUUGUGUUGCGGUUAAUACUCGUUUCAAUCUAAACCUCAAUAGCCAAAAAGUUAUCAAUCGCCUGAAGACGAUCAAGAAAAGGUACAGAGUGAUGAGAGACAUACUUAGUCGAGACGGAUUCUGGUGGAACUCGAGCACAAAGAUGAUUGAUUGCGAAAGUGAUGAGCUCUGGAAAAGAUAUAUUGCUGUAUACCCAGACGCAAAAGCAUUUAGGGGAAAGCAAAUUGAGAUGUAUGAAGAACUUAGAACAGUAUGUGGUGACUAUCAAACUUCAGGUCGAUAUAGCAAAGUGAAGAGUGAAAGCAAUCAUCAUCUUAACGACAUAAAACACUUUGAAGAAGACUCUGUUUCAUUCCCUUUAGCAAGUUCUGAAGAACAUAGUGAUACAGAUGGAACUGAGUCAUACGCAGGAGGAGCGAAUGAGUAUAUGCAUGAAGAGUCUCAAGAUUUUCCUCCUCCUCCUCGAGAUCCUUUAAGACAACCUUCUAAACGUCCUCGAAACUUGGAUCCAUUCCAAGAAGCAAUGUUUGCAGUUGCUUCUAGCAUUCGUCGCCUAGCUGAUGCAGUGGACCAAAGCAAAACUUCGAUCAAUACAGAGGACUUGUUGGAAGCAGUGAUGGAGAUUGAUGGGUUGGACGAAGCAAAACAGAUGUAUGCAUUUGAGUAUCUGAAUGGUGAUCCAGUCAAAGCUAGAGCUUUCAUGGCUUAUAAUAAGCGGAUGCGGAAGAUGUUUUUGUCUCGACAGUUUUGGUGGUGGAAGUAA